CAAAAUUCCUUAAGCCCUAAACCUCCACAGUCUCCGUCCACUGCCGGCCACCUGUCUCAGCCUUAUCCAGCUUCUUUUCUGCUACGCAGAGCUCUAAACAGAUUAACUUCUUCCCAGUCUUCAUCAACGCCCUUCGUUCCCAGGAUUUUAAGGAGAUGGGGAAGCAUUUGAAGAGACGGCGAACAACAGAAGAAGAGAGUGAGAGUCAUAGUGGAUCUGAAUUUGAUGAAGACAGGGACACCAUGAAGAAUGAUGUGUUACCUGAUGGCCAUAGUGAUGACUAUGAUAGCGAUGAGAAUGGUUGGGAAGGAAAAGAAGAGAGUCAUGAUGAAGAUGAUGAAGAUGAUGAAGAUGGAGAUGGAGAUGAAGAGGAUGAUGAUGAUGAUGAUGAAGAAGAAGAAGAAGAGGGGAAAGAGGGAAUCAAUGAACAAAAGGAUGAGGAGAUGGCACAGCUAGAGAAAGAAUAUAUGGAGCUUCAACAUGCGGAGCAAGAUGUUUUAAAGAACCUAAAGCGCCAUAAGGAUGAGGAUCUUCUAAUAGGUCGUGCAGUGAAAAAUCAGAAGGCUCUUUGGGACAAGACUCUGGAGUUUAGAUUUUUGUUGCAAAAGGCAUUUUCAUAUUCCAACAGGCUUCCACAGGAGCCAAUCAAGUCCUCUUUUUGUAGCUUGGAAACUGGGGUUAAUGAAGCAUAUUCGGAUCUAAUCACUUCAUCGCAAAAAACAUUAGACUCUAUUCUCGAGUUACAGGAGGUACUGCUAGACAAGAAUCCUACUAUUGCUCAGUCUGCAGAAGCCGGCUCUGCUAAGAAUUCUAAUUAUCUAGAAGCUUCAGGAAACUCAAAUGGGGAAGGUGAUGAAGAAUGGUUGCGGAUCUCUGAGAUGCAGCUGAGGAUGGCUUCUUUUAGGAACAAAUCGAUAGAUAAAUGGCAGAGGAAGACCCAGGUGACAAGUGGAGCUGCCUCUUUCAAAGGGAGGUUACACGCGUUCAACCAGAACAUUAGUGAACAAGUGGCUCUGUAUAUGAGGGAUCCAAGUAAAAUGAUCAAGGGAAUGCAACAGGAUAGAUCGGCAGUUGCUCAAUUUGGAAAUGUUCUGGGUUCUACUGUUCAUAAUCAGCCAGAGGUUAUAAGCACAGGUGGUGACCCUGAAUUGCUGGAUGACUCUGACUUCUAUCAGCAACUGUUGAAGGAGUUCUUUGAGACAGUGGACCCAAAUUCAUCAGAGGCGGCAUUUUAUGCUGUAAGAAGGCUACAGGCUAAGAAAAGGAAAAUUGUUGAUCGACACGCCUCAAAAAGUCGUAAGAUUCGGUAUCACGUCCAUGAAAAGCUUGUCAAUUUUAUGGCUCCCCUACCAGCGGACAUUCCCCCCAUGGCCCCUAAAUUGUUUGAGAACUUGUUUGGGCUAAAAACUCAGAGGCCUGCAAUAUAGGCUUAUUUGUAGGGUAUAGUUUUUAUAUUCUGUAGAUUGCUGGUACAUCAUUGACUGUACAAUGGAAGUCAUUAUAUAAAUUUCUUUUACAAAAAAAAUUCUUCCUUGAGAUCAAAUUUAGCCUGGGUUAUAGGUCUUUCUCCCUUGGCAAGCUGCAACGUGUCAAGGAGAUGAGGACUAGCCCAAAAUUCAGAAUGAUAUUAUGUAACAAUUAAAUUUCUGUAUGAACUACUACUUGUUUUGAAGAUCUGAAUGCCAGUAUCAGGAUAUUUGGAUUUCA